UUCUGCGCUGUUGUAAUAAAUCAAGUUUGUCCUCUCCCGGCUCCUGUACCUACCCAGACACUCGCUGUGUAAUAAAACAGUAGCAGAAGACAGUCCAGUCACGAAUAAGUGAAAGUGUUGUACUUUAUCAAUGGCAUCAUCUGCUAUGAUCACAGUUCCUACCACUGCCUCUCGUUUUGCCCUGCUCCAGAUAGACUCGGAUUCGGACUCUGAAACAUCGGAGCCCGGAAAGGGUAGCAGUAAAGGAGCACGGGAUUCCUCGGGAAAACCCCGACAAGGAAAACCAGGAACGGGCAGUGGGAAGGCAGCGCAGGGUAACGACAAGAAGAAAGAGAAGAAAAAGAAGAAGAAGGAACAGCAGCAGAGUGAAGCUAACGAGUUGCGUAAUUUGGCCUUUAAGAAAAUACCUCAAAAGUCUUGUGCCCCGCCUCCCAGUAUGACACUGUCGGGAAUAGCCAGUGAACUUCUCAACCCUUCAGUAGAGGAUCAAAGUCUUCAAUCAGGAGGGUGGCAGCAGUGGAAGCAGAGAGAUGAGCAGAUAACCACAGAAUUAUAUGAAGCUGAUUUGGAAAAGGCCUUACUUAUGAGUAAACUGGAGUAUGAACAACAGAAACAGAACAACACAAACACAUGUUCGCCAAAAUCACGAGGAGGAGGAGGAAAAGAGUCAGGAGGGAAGAAGGAGAAAAAGAAGAAUCAACAGGCAAAAGACAAAAAGACUGUUUCUCUGCAGGACUUUCAGGCUGUGGGAAAUGCAGAACAUUCCUGUAAGAAACAAGACAAAGAGGAUGACAGAGCAGCUAACCAGGCACUAGAACCUAAUCAGGACGAGAGGUUUUUUAAUAAACUGGAAGACGACGUCAGUCGGAUCAUCCAGCAGGAAAAAAGACGUGAGCAGUUCGUUAACAGUCAGGGACAGGAAGUUAACACAUCCACAGAACAUGAACAGGACCCACGGGCAGAGCAGCUGAAAUAUGAACUGGAGAAGAAAGACCAGGAAAUUGAAAAGUUAAAGAAGACGAUUUCACUGUGGGAGGGGAAAUAUAAAGAGGUGAAGGCCCGGAAUUCUCAGCUGCUGAAGAUGCUUCAGCAGGGAGAGAUGAAAGACAAAGCAGAGAUUCUUCUACAGGUAGAAGAGCUUCUAAAUAUAAAAGAAGAACUUUCAUCACAGGUAACAUUACUGCAUGCUGCUCUUGAACAAGAAAGGUCUAAGGUCAAAGGUCUGCAGUCGGAACAACCGAAACAUCAGGCAAACAGAAAAGGAAGGAAAGGCUCAGAAAUGGAUGUAUAAAGUUUUCAGGGCAAAAUCCCUCAACACAAAACUGACAAAGACAUUAAGAAAAAUGCUGCUGAUCAGAAUCAGGGUUUCUCUAUGUUUUGUUUCAGCUUGACUUCUCUGUAGGCAUAAAUUGCAUGCUCUCUUGCUUGGACAUUAUAAUGAAUGACUGAGUUUGAAGAUUUUGUCCUGUUCUGCCAUCUGCUGGCACAGGUUUUUUGGGGGGAGGUUAUCACCAACAUGAUUGAAUUUGUCUCAACUGUAAAGUAAAUAAAGUACUUUUUCAGUGA